UGUAUCACUUUUUCAGUCAAUUGCUGGCCUUCUGUCUCUGGGAGGGAGACUUCUGUUAAUAUUGAGUACGAAGCUUCUGAAAUGUUUGACUUGCAAAAUGUAGUGAUAUCUAUACCUCUUCCUGCAACUCGUGAGGCACCAAAUGUUCUUCAGAUAGAUGGGGAAUGGAGGUAUAAUUCUAGAUCAUCUACAUUGGAGUGGUCAAUCCUUCUCAUUGAAAACACAAACCGCAGUGGAUCAAUGGAGUUUGUUUUACCUCCAGCUGAUCCUUCUGCAUUCUUUCCUAUUAACAUCAGUUUUAAUGCGGCAAAGACAUUCAGCGAUGCAAAGGUUGGUAACCUCAUCGUAAUUCUAUAUUUUUCUUUCUACUAAUGUCGUUAGUAAUUG